AUGGCGGACGCGCGCUUCUGCAGCCGCUGCGGCCAGCGCCGUCCGGGUGAGACGCCGACGCCGCAGACGCCGCCGGCCACGCCCCCGGGGCCGAAGCUCCGAGUGCCGUCGCUGUCCACGGCCUCCUCCUGGGCGCUGCAAGGCCAAGCCUCGUGGCUCAUGUCCACCUCUCCGCACGCCACAACCUCAUCUCAGAGGUCCGAGACUCGCAUAGAGGACGUGCAGCUGCGGGAGAUUGUCGGUCAGCAGCAACUGCAGCUGGGGGCCCUGCAACAACAGCUCCAGGGCGUUCAGGACAUCCUCGCACGCCUCGCGGCCCAAGCACCAGCGCCGCCCCUGCCGGCUCCCGUCGCUCCGUGCCCGGCAGCGCCGCCGGCACCGCCGGCUCCCGCCGUGCCGGCGCCCGAAGCACCGGAAGCCCUCGAGGUGCUGGCACCAGUUACCAAGGUGGACGCGUGUGUGGGCGCUUCGCUAGAAGAGGCGAAGAUCACCCACUCGGUGCAGACCAGUCCGUUGCAGCAGAUGCGCACGGUGAGUGCUGGCCUGCAGGUGGCUCCUGUGCUGCUGGACGCGGCUGUGAACGUGGGGGACUCCCUGUGCCUUCCGAAGCCGAAGUCUGACGCCAACCUGCGGGACUCCGCGGACACAGCUGGCGGCGCAAGCCCCAGGCCCGCGAACUACCCGCAACUCUCUGUGCCGCGCAUCAUUUGCCCUUCGGAUCUUUCUCCUUGUGGGUCGGAGGACUCAGAUGGCAGUCUUGAGCUGCUUGGUGACUGGCUGCCCAAUGCAAGCAAUGCACCAAGGACAGCCAGCAGGCGCUGUUUGGUUCGGACCCUACAUAUACACAAAAUUUCAAGCAAUGCAGGAUGA